AUGGCGACUUCAAACUACAUCACCAAAGUGACCAUCGUCGGCGCCGGCGGCAACAGCGGCCGCUUCAUGACCGCCGCUCUCCUCAAGACCGGCAAGCACACCGUCACAGCCCUCACGCGCCCCGACAGCCAGAGCGAGCUGCCCGAGUGCGUCAUCGUCAAACGGGUCGACUACGGCAACCCCGAGACCCUCGUCGAUGCGCUGAGGGGCCAAGACGCACUGGUCAUCACCCUGAGUGGCUACACGCCGGCUGAGACGCAGAUGCAGCUGAUCAGCGCCGCCGGCGAGGCGGGCGUUGGCUGGAUCUUGCCGAAUGAGUGGUCGCCUGAUACGGCGAAUGAGGCGCUUGUUCGGGAUGUUUCUGUGUUCAAGCCUAAGGGGGAGACGCGCAGAGCCAUUACCGAUCUGGGCAAGAGUUCCUACAUCGGAAUAUCGACGGGCUUCUGGUACGAGUGGAGCCUGGCCAUACCCGCGGCCUUUGGGAUCGACUUUGCGAAGCGCACUGCUACGUUCUUUGAUGAGGGCGAGACUCGGAUCUCGAUCUCGACUUGGCCGCAGGUCGGCCGCGCCGUAGCCGCCCUCCUCAGCCUCCCCAUUGCACCUCCGGGCGAUUCGGAGGGUACUAGCAGCAGCAACGCAGCCUGCCUGGAGAACUUCCGCAACCAGCUCGUGUACGUGAAGUCCUUCACCGUCACCCAGCGGGAGAUGCUCGCGUCGGCCAUGCGCGUGACGGGCACUAAAGAGAGCGACUGGACCAUCACGAAGGAGCCGGCGCAGGAGCGGUACACGACCAGUCUGAGCGAGAUAAAGGAAGGGAAACGGGUCGGGUUCGCCAAGAUGAUGUACACGCGCGUCUUCUUCGCUGACGGGGUUGGCGAUUUCGAGGAUGGAAGGGACACGAUGAAUGGGGUGCUGGGCUUGCCGGAGGAGGAUCUCGAUGAGGCGACGGAGAGGGCGUUCGAGAGAUCGAAGGGUCCGAGUUGGGUGUAG